AUGUCGAGUCUCGGCCUCAACAACCUGCCGCAGCUUCUGCUGCUUUGGCUCGUCGCCUCCCUGGCGACACAGUUUGACCCUCUGAGUCACGUCAACCCGCUGAUAGGUACAACAAACGGCGGCAAUGUGUUUGCCGGAGCGACGCUGCCGUAUGGCCUGGCCAAGGUCGUCGCCGACGUGGACGGCCAGAAUACCGGCGGCUUCGGGAUGGACAUGUCCAACGUCACGGGCAUUUCCUCUAUUCACGACUCAGGCACGGGAGGGAAUCCGAGUCUGGGCAAUUUCCCGCUGUUCCCGCAGGUCUGCCCUUCCGACGAGCUGAACAACUGCCAGUUUCGCAUAGGGGAUCGCAAAGUCCGCUACAAGACGGGCUCGGUCGUGGCCGAACCGGGGCUCUUUGGCAUCGAGCUCGAGUCUGGCGUCCAGGUCAGCAUGACCGUCAGCGAGCACGCCAGUCUGAUCACGUUCAGGUUCCCAAGGUCGGACGGCGACCACCCCUUGAUACUGCUCGACCUCACCGACUUGUGGCAGAGCCGGCAGAACGCCAGUGUCCUCGUAGACGAGAAGUCUGGUCGAAUGGUUGGGAACGGUACCUUCUUGCCGAGCUUCGGUGCCGGGUCGUACCAGCUUCACUUUUGCGUGGAUUUCUCCGGAGCGGGCAUCCACGACACGGGCGUAUGGGUCAACAACAGAGCGGGCACGGAGCCGAAACAGCUAUACAUCACCCGUGGAUUCAACCUCUUCUACCUCGAGGGCGGCGCCUUUGCGAGAUUCAGCCCCGGGCCCGACAACGCAGUGACAGCAAGGGUCGGUCUUAGCUUCAAGAGCUCGGAGCAGGCGUGCGGCCAUGCGGAAAGAGAGAUUCCGAACCCACGCGGAGACUUUGACCGUCUUGUAAGCGCCGCCAGGGAUGCAUGGCGAGAGAAGCUGAGCCCGAUAUCCGUCAAGGCGGGCGGCGCGGACGAGAACCUGUUGACGAGCUUCUGGAGCGGUGCCUACAGGAGCCUCAUCAGCCCCCAGAACUACAGUGGCGAGAAUCCUCACUGGGACACUGGAGAGCCCUACUUUGAUUCAUUCUACUGCAUCUGGGACAGCUUCCGGGCUCAGCACCCUCUCCUGACGAUCCUGGACCCGACUGCGCAGACGCAAAUGGUUCAAUCCCUGCUGGACAUGUACAGGCACGAGGGAUGGCUGCCUGACUGUCACAUGUCCAUGUGCAAGGGGUGGACUCAGGGGGGCUCCAACGCCGACGUCGUUCUCGUGGACGCCUACGCAAAAAACCUCAGCAGUGCCAUUGACUGGGAGCUCGCCCUCGAAGCCGUCGUUACCGACGCGGAGAAGGAGCCCUUGGAGUGGUCGUAUCACGGUCGGGGCGGCCUGCAGAGCUGGCGCAGGCUCGGCUACAUCCCGUACCUCGAUUUCGACCCCUUUGGCUUCGGAACCAACUCUCGGAGCGUGUCGCGCACUCUCGACAUGAACUGGCGGAACUUGUGGAAGGAGGACCAGACCUCCGUCGUCAGAGGCAAAGACACGGGGUUCAAGGGCUUCUUCCAGCCCAAGUACAUGAACGGCACGUGGGGGUUGCAGGACCCCGUAGCUUGUUCGGCUCUCGCCGGCUUCUGCUCGCUAACGACGAACCCGAGCGAGACGUUUGAGGCCAGCAUCUGGCAAUAUCUGUUCUAUGUUCCUCACGCCACCUCCUCUCUCAUCUCACUGGUCGGCGGCGACGACGCAUUCGUCUCCCGGCUCGACUACUUCCACGAGAGCGGCCUGGCGGACAUCUCCAACGAACCCGUCUUCCUCACAGUUUACCUCUACCACUAUGCCGGUCGGCCGGGCCUGUCCACGCGGAGGGCCCACCAAUACAUCCCGUCGUCCUUCAACAACACCAACGGCGGGCUCCCGGGCAACGACGACUCCGGGGCCAUGGGCUCCUUCCUCUUCUUCUCCGUCAUGGGGCUGUUCCCUGUGGCCGGCCAGAACGUGUACCUCAUCAACGCCCCGUUCUUGCAGGAGGUCAGCGUCAGGAACCCCGUGACGGGGAAGCGGGCGACAGUGCGCGCUCUCAACUUCGACGCUGCGUACAAGAACGUCUACGUGCACAAGGCGACGGUGAACGGGCAGCCGUGGACAAAGUCGUGGAUCGGGCAUGAGUUCUUUUCGGAGGGAUGGACGCUGGAGCUGACGCUGGGCAACACCGAGUCGGACUGGGGUAGGAAGGCGGCUGAUCGGCCGCCGAGCUGGACAGUCUAG